GUCAUUACAUCUACCUAAACCUCGCAUCAAGCCUCCUCUCAUCACCCAAGCACUCGAUACUUCUCCAAGAAGCGCCUGCAUUUCCGCCAGCGCUCCCAGUCAUGUCUACUCCACUGGUUCCAACCAUAUCGCCCCCGGGCGAGCCAAUAUCCAAAGCGGAGUCCGGCCUAUCCAGCUUGGCCAACGUCAGGUCCGCACUACUCUCGGUGCCUGGUAGCAAUGGCAGCCCUAGACCUACGACGCCAGAUCACAUUUUGGCAAACACCACUGGAUACACGGACACAGUAUUUGAGGGCAAGAGGGAUCAAGCUGCUGCUGUUACAAAGCUAUUGAAGGACAAAGGCUUCAUCCCGCCAGACCUCGUCGAUGCUGAAGUGCAGUGGUUCUAUCAAAACCUGGGCAUAGACGACACUUAUUUCGCUUUGGAGACGAUCGAGACGAUCUCAGAUCACGUCUUGGCUCUAUUUGGCGCCAAAAUCCAAGCUUACACCAAGCACAGCAAGGAUCUUGUGAUCGAUUUGGAGCACGCCACUGAGGGCGGAGCUGUUUUCAUUCAUUCCAGCAAAGCAGGCGAGAGCCAAAUUGGUGGCCCUCAGUGGGAGCGCAGGAUCGAUGCAACUUAUUUAGACAAGUCGUCCGUCUCCAAGGCUUAUAGGCUUGAGACCUAUCGAAGUGCCGGGAGCGUCUCAGCUCAAUCCAAGCAGCAACUUCGCUGCUACUUUUUGGCUCGAUGCAACUUCGCACAGCCGGUGCCAAGCCCCAGUUCUGCAGAGUACAGCGACAUCACAAAGGUGGGGGAUAAAACUUUCCUUACCAAAGCGAGUCCUAACACCCUAGAGAUCUAUCAGACGGUGAUGGACGAGGUGCUAAGGCGUCACGGACCAGUCAUUGAAAUGUAUGAGGUCGAAGGCUCUCGCGAGCGACGAGUGGUCAUUGGUUAUAGGAUGGGCACGACUACAAGCUACUUCAGCGCCUUGUCAGACCUAUACCACUUCUAUGGUCUCUUUAGUUCACGCAAGUACGUCGAACAGUUCAGCAACGGGGUCACGAUCAUCACAAUCUAUUUGAACCCUUUGCCGGCAUCGAAGAGCCCGCCGAUCGAGCUGUCUAUCUACCAGGUCAUCAAGGAAGCAUCGUUGAUCUACGUGCUGCCAGACAACCCCUUCUUCGCCCCUGGAUCCGCCGACCACGCAGUCCAAGAAGCGGCAUAUGCCUACUGUGGCUGGCUCUUUGCUCAACAUUUCUGCAACAGGCUUGGUCAGGCUUACCAAGCGUUGCGCAAUGUUCUAGAUGAGGCUAAUCCGGCGCACGCCUCCAUCCUGAACGACAUCAAGCUCCGCUUCCGUGAAGAGACUUUCACACGCCAAUCUAUCCAGGAGGUGAUGCAGUCACACCCGGAUCUCGUAAGGCUACUCUACGUUCACUUUGCCAAUGUCCACUAUCCAGGUGGUGCAGAUGAUCACGAGCUGGUACCAACUCUCAGCUACCAGAGAUUAGUCAAAGAAGAGGUGCUCAACGAUGGGCAGAUGUACGAUCGUAUCCGAAAGGCAGCUGCUAACCAGCAUGAACUGCAAGUACUCCAAGCUUUGCUGUUCUUCAACAAGGCCGUAUUGAAGACAAACUUUUACACGCCAACGAAGGUCGCUCUAUCUUUCCGUCUGGACCCUGGCUUCUUGCCGGAAGCAGAAUAUCCCAACAAGCCUUACGGAGUGAUUUUUGUUGUCGGCUCCGAGUUCCGUGGCUUCCACGUCCGCUUCGCUGACGUCGCUAGAGGCGGUAUUCGAAUCGUGCGAAGUCGCAAUCGCGAGAACUACAGCAUCAACCAGCGAACUUUGUUCGACGAGAACUAUGCCCUAGCGAGUACGCAGCAUCUGAAGAACAAGGACAUUCCGGAAGGCGGAAGCAAAGGUACCAUCUUGCCAACUCUCGAGGCAGACCCCAAGCUCGCGUUCGAGAAAUACAUUGACGCGCUGCUCGACAUCCUGAUCAAGGGGCAGACCCCUGGUGUCAAGGAAGAAAUUGUGGAUCUGCUCGGUAAAGAAGAAAUCCUGUUCCUUGGUCCCGAUGAAGGCACUGCGACUUUCAUGGAUUGGGCUGCCGAGCACGCUCGCGACCGUGGCGCACCUUGGUGGAAGUCUUUCACCACCGGAAAGACAGCCGCAACGCUGGGUGGAGUACCUCAUGACACUUAUGGCAUGACGAGUCUCUCUGUUCGGCAGUAUGAGCUUGGCAUCUUGCGAAAGCUCGGCUUGAAAGAGGAGACAGUGACCAAGGUACAGACUGGUGGUCCGGACGGAGAUCUCGGCAGCAAUGAAAUCCUGCUGUCGACUGCCUCCACAGUGACGAUCAUAGACGGCUCUGGCGUACUGCAUGAUCCCAAGGGAAUCGAUCGACGAGAGCUCAUUCGACUAGCGAAGGCACGCCAAAUGAUAUCAAGCUUCGACAUCACCAGACUUUCUGCUCAAGGGUACCGCAUCCUGGUGGAGGAGAAUGACGUUCGUCUGCCAACAGGCGAGAUCAUCACCGAUGGAAUGUCGUUCCGCAAUUCGGCGCACCUGCGAUACAAGGCGGAUAUGUUGGUCCCUUGUGGAGGCAGACCCGAGUCAAUUAACAUUUCCAAUGUCGGUCGAUUGUUUGAUGCAGACGGAAAGCCCCUCUUCAAGUACAUUGUCGAGGGUGCAAACCUCUUCAUUACAAGGCAGGCCAGGCUUGAGCUCGAGCGCAAAGGCUGCAUCCUCUAUCCGGACGCUAGCGCCAACAAGGGUGGCGUUACAUCCUCCUCGCUUGAGGUCCUGGCCGGCUUGUCGCUUACAGAUGAAGAGUACACGCGCAGGAUGAUGUUCACCAACGGAGCCCCAUCUUCCUUCUACAAGAGCUACGUGGCAGAUAUUCAGCACGUCAUCAUUGGCAACGCCGAAAAGGAAUUCGAAGCGAUCUGGCGCGAAGCUGAAAAGACGGGCAAACCUCGUUCGGUGCUGUCCUCUGAGCUUUCUCUUGCCAUCAACACUCUGUCCGACGAGUUGGCGGCUACGGACCUCUACGAUAAUCUAAACAUCAGAACGGCUGUGCUUAGUCACGUCUUCCCUAGAACCUUGCUGGAGAAGGUGGGUUUGGAAGAGCUCACGCAUAGAGUACCUGAUCAGUAUCUCCGAGCAGCGUUUGCGGCGUUCUUGGCAGCCGACUUUGUCUACACUAGAGGUCCUUCAGCAAGUCAUGUCGCCUUUUACAAACACGUCGCCUCCCUAUCGUCGGGCAAGUCCGCGCACUAGAUGCUUCACUACGAAGCUCUCUUUACCCGAAGGUGCUCGGCGCAACGUACUAUCCUG